AUGGCGUCAGGAUUGAAAGCUCGCAUUGGACUGGCUCCUGACCAAGCUGGUGUUAUUCUUGAGUCGGGUGUUAUUAAACACCGGGAACUUCCCAGAUCUUCAAUUUCCGGGCGUGGUAUGCGGCGGGAAUAUCAGCCUGGCUGCGGGGGAGAAGUUGGUAGGAUAGCAACAGCAGCGGAUCCGGUGAAUGCUGCUUUCCCAGAUGGAAUGAAGGCACUUAAGGGGGUGGGAAUAAUGGAAGCAGGGACCAAGAAAAUAGGAUAA